AUGGCGGUCUCAGUACUUCGGCUGACAAUUGUCCUGGCACUCUCUGCCUUAAUCCUGACCUGUUAUGCAGAUGAUCACAAUGACAAACCUGAGGAGAAACCAGAUGACUCAGGCAAAAACCCACAACCAGAUUUCCCCAAAUUCCUAAACAUCUUGGGCACAGAAAUCAUUGAGAAUGCAGUCGACUUCAUCCUGCGCUCCAUGACCAGGGAAACAGGGUUUGUGGAAUUUGAGGAUAAUCCAGGAGAACAUUCAUCAAAGUGA